UUCUUUAUUGACAAGAGGACAAGGUGACUCCUCUUAAGUUUGGAAGUACGUCGUACAAACCUUAAUAUAUUAGACAAAAGAAGACGAUUGUUUGUUAUAUAAGCAAUAAUGUCUUUUUUUGGGAGGACACUGGGAAUCCUUCGCACAGGUACUCAACUGUUUAGACGCGGUCCACAAAGGAUACCAACCAGAAAGGCUAGCGAUGGUCCGCACAUUGAGCCACUGUACAGGCAGUAUCCUCAGCUAACGAAGAAACAGAAAUUUGACGCGGAAUUUCUCAGUGGUGCUAUGUGGUUUUGGAUCCUUUGGCACCUCUGGCAUGAUUCUGAUGCAGUACUAGGUCACUUCCCCUGGCCUGAUGCUUCUGAAUGGACAGAUGCAGAGCUUGGAAUCCCACCAGAUGAUGAGGAAUAAGAUUACCAUGAGAGACUGAAGCUGCUGUGCAAGUUUUUGUUGUAUAUAGACAAAUAAAAUUUCCUUUAAGGUCAA